UCUCUCACUAGACUGCACUCUGACGCUUUAGUCUUCAAGCCGGAGAUCCAACAACCUGGAACUACGCGACAAACAGCACCGAGGAGACGGGCAAGCUUGUACCAUGCAGCCCAGAGAGGAGGACAGCCUGGGACCGGUGAUUUUUGAGCCCUUGCUACAUUGACGGAGUAUUUCUCCCCUCUUUUCUUGGGGACAUUAUUACGAUCUCUUGAUCUGACAUACCUUCACUUUAAUCCACGCACCCGUGCGCGCUCUCGCAUCACCGUACGGAUACACGGAGCGCCUUCAAUUCUGUAGCUGUUGAACAUUAGUGAGGAGCUAAAAUAGUGAGGGAAGCACCUGGAGACAUGGAUUUAUUCGCCAUCCCACCCCGCGUUUGCUGGUGGAGGAUCGUGUUUCUCCUCAGCAUCUUCCAAGAUUAUAUGAGCUCCAUGCUGGACUGCCCACCGACCUGCCGUUGUUCUACCACGAACAUCUUUUGCAAUGAGUCUUACCAAGGGAAUUUCUUUCCCCUCCUGGCACUACAGGACACCGUGAGUGAUGGGAAUACCACUAACAGCCUCCCGGACCUGUAUGAGAACAUCUCCUCCAUACACAUUGAGAACUGGUCGGGAUUGCAGACGUUGAGAGAUGUUGACAUGGAGUUGUACACUGGGAUUCAGAGACUGAACAUCGUUAACUGCAAUUUGCGUACGAUUCAGUCGCGAGCCUUCGCUAAGAACCCCUACCUGCGCUACAUAAACUUGUCCAGGAACCCUCUGACAACUCUCUCAUGGCAACUUUUUCAGAAUCUCCAACUUUUCGAGCUGAAACUUGAAGGAGUGGUGUUUAACUGCAGCUGCAAUAUCCGCUGGAUCCAGCUGUGGCAGCAGCGAGGCGAAGCCGGACUCCAUAACCAGGGCCUGUUCUGCAACAACGGUGUCUUCAAGAUCCCUCUACAGCGCAUGAACAUCUCUCACUGUGAUUUGCCGGAGAUCAGCGUAAGUCACAGUAACCUGACAGUGAUAGAAGGUGACAGGGUGACAAUCACCUGUAAUGGGUCAGGAGUGCCGGUACCGGAAGUGGAUUGGACUGUUGGUGGACUGCACUCCAUUAACACUCACCAAUCCAAUCAAUAUCCACCGAAUGUCCACUCCAUCAACUUAACUCUGGUCAACAUCAGCCGAGACGAUAACAGCUUCAUGCUGACCUGCAUCGCAGAGAAUAUAGUUGGGAUGACUAAUGCCUCAAUACAGCUUUCAGUGCAGUUCCUUCCUGUCAUCAUUAAGUUUGAGGAGCCACAGAAGUGGCAUGACACGUGUAUGGUCUUCACGGUGCGUGCAAACCCCCUGCCCACCCUCCGCUGGUACUAUAAUGGCAAGGAAAUCAAGCCGACAAAAUAUAUCCAUCCAGAAAUGGAUCUCUAUCAGGACAGCUUUGAGGGAUGCCUCAUGUUCAAAAACCCCACACACCACAACAAUGGCAAUUACACUCUCGAGGCUAGCAACUUCCUGGGCGUGGCCGUCAAAACUGUGUACGCCCACUUUCUUCACCCACCUUUUGAUGACUACCCAGGUUAUGUGAGUCCAACUCCGACAGCUGUUCCAACAAUGACACAACGGCCUGAAGAGGACACGUUUGGCGUGUCGAUUGCGGUUGGCUUGGCUGGCUUCGCCUGCGUUCUCCUUGUCGUUAUGUUUGUGCUAAUCAACAAAUAUGGCAGACGCUCAAAGUUUGGCAUGAAAGGACCCGUGGCUGUGAUCAGUGGUGAAGAAGACUCCGCCAGCCCCCUCCAUCAUGUUAAUCAUGGCAUCAUAACCCCAUGUACCCUGGAUGCUGGGCCAGACGCCGUGGUGAUCGGCAUGACCCGCAUCCCAGUGAUCGAAAACCCACAGUAUUUCCGGCACGGGCACAACUGCAACAAACCCGCAACUUAUGUACAGCACAUUAAGCGCAGAGAUAUCGUGCUCAAGAGGGAACUGGGCGAAGGGGCCUUUGGGAAGGUGUUCCUGGCAGAGUGCUAUAACCUAAGCCCCACUAAGGACAAGAUGUUGGUGGCUGUCAAGACCCUGAAGGAUCCCACCCUUGCGGCGAGGAAAGACUUCCAGCGGGAGGCUGAGCUGCUGACCAACCUUCAGCACGAGCACAUAGUAAAGUUCUAUGGCGUCUGCGUAGACGGAGACCCGCUUAUCAUGGUCUUCGAGUACAUGAAACACGGAGACCUCAACAAGUUCCUUAGAGCUCAUGGUCCAGAUGCAAUGAUCCUGGUUGAUGGACAGCCGCUGCAGACCAAUGGGGAACUGGGUAUGUCUCAGAUGCUGCACAUAGCCAGUCAGAUCGUAUCAGGAAUGGUCUACCUGGCGUCUCAGCACUUUGUGCAUCGUGACCUGGCCACACGCAACUGUCUGGUGGGCAACGGGCUGCUGGUGAAAAUCGGAGACUUUGGAAUGUCAAGAGACAUCUACAGCACUGACUACUACCGGGUGGGAGGACACACAAUGCUGCCCAUUCGCUGGAUGCCACCAGAAAGCAUCAUGUACAGGAAGUUCACGACGGAGAGUGACGUGUGGAGCUUCGGCGUCAUCCUCUGGGAGAUCUUCACCUACGGCAAGCAGCCAUGGUUUCAGCUGGCAAAUAAUGAGGUAAUCGAAUGCAUCACACAAGGACGCGUGCUGGAGAGGCCACGGCUUUGUCCCAAGGAAGUAUACGACAUUAUGCUGGGAUGCUGGCAGAGGGAACCACAGCAGAGGUUGAACAUCAAAGACAUCCAGAAAAUUCUUUAUACCUUGGGCAAAGCCACACCUGUCUACCUGGAUAUCCUUGGCUAGUGUUUGUUGGGAAUAUGUGUGGAUGUCUGUCUGCGUCUAUCCAUCGGAGGAACGAACAAUCUGGGAUUUACCCUAAACAACACGUACCUUACUGCGCCACUGUCAGACACCUGCAACAUGGGGAUGGACUUAAGUGCCUGCUACUCCUUUCGAUACAAUGGAUAACAGUCUUUAAAAAGCACUUUUACAUUUUGUUUACCUGCAUAUAAAGAUGUACAGUUCUGCAAGAAGAGGAGUCUCCUUUCUCUAUUUCCUUUUUGUUUUGGUAAGAACAGCCUACUUUCAAACUCUAAAAAAGGAAUAAUGGAAAAUUCCCCUUAAAGUAUGGAGAAUUUUUUUUCCCCUCUCCCAGUGGUUACACGUUUUUCAUUUUAUAAAUAUAUAUAUUUUUAUUUAUUUUUCUUUCUCUGAGUGUGGAUGUAUGCCAUGUUUCUUGCUAAGGGUAUAUUGCCUUUCGGAUAUAACUGCUUACCGUUGCCGUGGCAAGGACUAAAAAAAAAAAAAAAAAAAGCCUUACUGCGCUCUGAUUGGCCGGAUCUUCUCUUUGACUCUACUGGAAGUAUCCAACAGGGCUUUUAAAUAUUCUGAGGAGCUUUUUAGUGAACGGAUUAACUUGAAGGAUCCACCAAUCAAUACAAAGGAGUUUAUUUAAAAAAAAAAAAAAAAAAAAAAAAAAAGGAAUGUAUAUAAUGUAAAUGUAUGUGUCACAAGUGACAAUAUGUUAACUUAUUUCAUUUCCUGAUUAGAUGAUUUUUAGUUCCUUGGCGUGCUGUUAUGGUGAGUGAAUUCUAUAAAUAUUUGGAUAAUAUUUUAAUGUUUUUUGUUUUGUUUUUCAACAUGUCCGUAGAAUGUAAGUUGAGAUUUCUAAAUGAUUUUUUUUUCUUCUCUCAUUUCCCCUUUUGUUUGGUUUGGAUGCAACCAAAAGGGAAAAUAAUGAGACAUAGCCUCGUUCCAUGUAUUCCAGAGACCAUUUACUUCUGAAAUGAAUGUAAUAGAAAAGGUAGAUUUAUUUCCCAAGUGAGAUCUUGCCCAGAAAAUACCAUUCAUUAACCCUCAUUGCAUUUAUGAAUUGUGAUUAUGCUUCUUUGCAAACAUAUUAUAUCAUCCUUUCCCAUAGUUUUAGUAAUAAAAGUGAGAUGGUUAGGCUAUUUGGAAGAACUAGCAUGUGCAAACCUUUUUUAAAAAACACAUUUAUGUGCUAAAAUCCAUAAGAAACACUGUCCUUUCUGAGUUUGGCAACUCUUUCUUUACUACUUACCUCUAGUAAAUAUUGUAGCCACUAGUAGUCAUCAAAAUAUAAUAGAAGAGAGUCCAUAACAAUGUUUUGGAUUCUGUCAGGUAAUAAAUAUUCUUUUCUCCCCAAUGUUUUAUAACAGAAGACUUAAUUGUGUAUUCAAAAUGGAGUUUUCCUAAGACUAAAGGGCUUCUUUAGAACAUUCUUCAUUUAUUCUGAAAUGACAUUUGGAUUUUAUUGUAAUGUGUUCUCUCGUUCACUCUUUCUUGCACAGUUUUGCUGGUUCAUGCUUUUCAUUCAAGGUGAUUUGUGGCUCAGUGUUUGUCUGAUGAUAAACCUGUAAUCAUUGCAUGUGGAGUAAAUCAGCCAAGUAAACUUUAGUUUAGCUUUGGCAGCAGAUGUGUGCAAACUAUUCUUGAGCAUAAAAUCCAUGAUGUUUCAAAAAUUCAUCCAGAAUAACAACCAGAAUAUCCAUAACCGCGUAACAAUAUGUAUUUCAUGUGUUUCCGAGAGCUCACUUUGACACUCACAACUUUAUCCCAACCAAACCAAAGUGAAAACUGUCAAAAACUUUCCUGCUUUUUCCAGCUCUCUAUCAGAAACUAUGACUUAGAUUGCUGUUUGAGGCAACCUGCCCAUCACAAUUCGACAAAACACAUUUGUGCUUAACCAUAAUCUCACCCUUCACAUCAGGAAAAGUUCCUGGCGCAGGGGAAGUGACUUGAACAUUUGUUGACCUUGUGGUGUUGUUUCUUUCUGCUUCCCACAGUGGCCAGAUAAUUCUCUCCAUGGCUAUGACAAGGGGGAAAUUGCAAAAGUCUUUCAAUAACACCACCAGCGAUGUGCUUAUGUGUGAUAAGAUGCUUCUCAUUUUGAUAUUUUCGUCAUCUGUGGGGCCCUGCUGCAUAUAUUCACUGACUUUAUAAUUUUGCCCAAGCUUUCUUGCAAAAAAGUAACAGAGGAGAUUUACUCUGGUAUGGGUACCCAAAUGCUUGCUCGAAAGGUUUGAGGUUUAUUAAGUAAACAGGUGCAUCUGUGUCCCGGACGAGCCCCCAGUUCGAGACUUGAUUUUAAGCCCAAUCCUCUUUACUGAAAGUAAUUUCUGCAAAUCGCUCAUUGAUGUGGCAUUUCAGAUUUUACAUGUCAGCUGUGGUACACAGUGAGUAUUCACGCUGAAUUAGGUUCUAAUUGGAAUGAAACGGACGAAAUGUCACUUUUGGCAAUGACGGCAAUUCCAAGCUUUCCUGUAGAGGGAGAAGACUUGUAGAAUGCAUGUGGGUAUGAUUUCAGAAUAUGACAAUUAUAUGUUAACAUGAACAGGCUAUUAUUUCUUUGGUCAACCUCUUUUUCAAUAUGGGCAAUUUUCUUAAAAAAAAAAAAAAAAAAAAAAAACUUGCCCACUCAGAUUUCUCCUAAUAAAAAAACUGGUUUAUUCAAAAAUUGAACAGUAUUAUUAGUGCUAGUUGCAGUUUUUAGUGAUUUUAUAUUCAUUUGAUCAUUAGAACAUUUUCUGGGAAUUUGUUUUAUGACUGGCCAACAUUGUCCAUCAUGUGAAACAAGCUUUAUACCCUCAUAUAUUGCUUCUCACCAUGUUUAUGUUCGUAACAAAUAAAGCUGCAUUUAGUUCCUACCUGUUUACCGAAGAGGACUAAAGGUUGUCUCUCACUGAAUCAGUUGAGGCAGCGAUUACUGAAGAUUACUUGAGUCAUUCGGUACACACUGUAACUGUGACUAACAGGGUUGAAAGGGUCAAAUAUUUCUCUGCGGUUUACUCUGUGAGACCUAUCCUUGCUCAACAACCUGUGAAAGGUGGAUUAUACUAACGUGGCGAAGAGAAGUGGGGUGGCGUUUGCUGCAGGGUGGCUGUAUCUUUAUCACCUGAAGCUGUCGGAAAACAGGCACAAACCAAAUUAGUAGUUUCUGUAAUAAAAGGACACGAGCGUAUGAGCCACAGCUGGUUUGCAGAAGGGGAUCAGACGAGAGAGAGUGUGACAGCAGGGUGACAGGGUAUGGCAGCUCCAGGGGUUGCCAUGACUCUAAUGACUUCACCUUGCAAAAAUGGCGGAAAUUACCAAUGAAAUGAGUUUUUGGCCUGGGCUUUUAGAUAUCCCUUAAAUAUGAUGGCCAGUCUUUCGGUAAUCCCCCUGAGGCUGAGAAGAGAGGUGUGUGUGGUUGUGUCAUUGUGUGCGAGAAAGUGAGGGGUAGGAGAGAUGAAUCAGUGAAGGUCACACGCUAAAAGAGUGGAUAGAAGUGCCACAGCGCUGUCUGUUGGCAGGCUAACAGAGUUGAGUUAAGCAUUCAGAGCUGUGAGGCAAGCAGAAUCUCCCUCUCUCGUUUACCGCCACCAUGGCAGCGAACAGGCGCAGGGCGAUUGAUGAGAGGUUUAAGACCUUAAUCAUGAGGAGAAGAAGCGAGGCAGGAAGCUGGAACAUUACGUCUGGAAUGAGCUCUCUUUCAGCACUUCAUAACCCUGCAGAAGGGCUGCAGAAACCUCUGCACCGUCACGCUUCGCUGCUGAUCUCAGAUCAGCCUUCUCCUCAUCCAUUUAUCCUACCUUCUGUGGGCUUGAUUUACCAAAGCAUUUAAUGCAUGCAAGACUGCCUUACUGGGGCACAGUGAAGAAGAACAACUAUAAUUGGCAAAUCACCCGCUAAAAUGUUGCUAAAAUCAGAUGCAGUCAAAAUGUUUUAACACAUCAUGUUAACUUUUUUACCUGAAUUACUGCCUUUGAUAUAUUCUAUUUUGAGCACUCGGAGGCAAUACUAAUCCAAGCGUAGCUUCUUUAGUAACCAGUAACAACCCCAUCAAAUUAGCCAACCAGCUUUUAGAACUCAUUUAGCAGCCCAACAUGUGAUGUGGCCACCUGGAGCAAUAAUCUCCAAGAGAUGCAGUCACACUGAAUAUCUUACUGAUUGAAUCUGUUAUCCCAAUUUGUUGUCACUGCAGAUCUUCAGCUGUCACUGUGGCUUGUAUAAAACAUGCUAUCCGUUUUUUGCCUGCAGAAUAAAACUAAUUUUCAUUGCCUUUAAAACAUUUAAUUAAAGAUCCUUAUCUGAUUUGAAACCCCUCCUCUAAAUUACAAAUGAGACUACCAGAACAAGUCCUUAUCUACCUCCAGUGUAUUGCUGCUUAAGUACUCUUAAUGUACUUCGGAAAGAAGUAGUUCCAAACUUGUGGUCGAUUCAUGGCAUGCUUUGCUGAUGAUAUGAAUAACAAUAGUGAUGUUUUUAUACAUCUGAAGCAGCGAUAUCCCUGAGAAAGUUCCAGCUGCAUUUUGAGAGCCUGACUCAGCUCACACUGCAGUUGCUGUAUACUCUGGGCACACGGACAACCAUGUGAAUCUUGUUACUAAGAACCUAAAGUGAUCUAUAGUUUAGGCCGGCAGAUCUCCUUAGCUGUGGGAAAAGCUGAACCCGCUUUCAAGGACAGUUGUGCAUUUAACUCGGAAAGCCUGGCCAAAUGCAACUCUGGUUUUCUUUAAAAGGGAGGUUAAAACUGACUGUGGCAUUAAGACUUCAAAUGUGGAUGUCACCCCAGAGCAAUCUCCUGCACUGUCAGCAGACUUUGACAUCUAGAUUAACCUUGCUGCUGUGAGCGUGCUGACGGCUCUCAUUGGGAUGCAAGAAGCAUCUCACAUCUUCUAUUCCAAACGUAUCUCGGCCCCCUCUUUCUUUGUUUGAAAAGGAAAGUAGGAAGCAUGAGCCAGCACAUACACACUGAUCUGAGGGAGGUCCUUAUGUGUGUCCAUGUGGGAGGGGAUGUUAUCGCUUUUGGAACAGAAGUGUUAAACAAAUGGCGAUCUAUCCCAGCGUUCUCUGAGUUUACCAGUCCGCCAGCAUGCAUGAUACACCAAAGGACCCAGGUCAAGUCUUUUUCAGCGGAACCGUUUUAUUUCUUAAUAGCGACUACAGCCCAUUGUAUAGCAGAAGAAUGUGUGUCAAUCAGAACAAAAGGGGAGUGAGCUUCUUUGAGCUCUAGCUCAAAUGCAUUAUUCAGCCUUCUUUCACUCUCUGGUCAACUGUGGGAGAAAGUUGUUUUACCAAGGUGAUUACUACAAGGUAGUUCUGACUUUGAGUGAAAAGUUAUUUCAGCUGUAAUUGUUUCUUUCCACUUGUGCCAGAUAAUGACUGUAACCUUGUUGGUCAAAGCUCAAUAUCUAAACAGCAUGAUGAUUAGUUGUCAACCCCAAAAGUUUGUUAAAUAAACUGCCAGUUGUCAACUCAAUAAGGAGCCAAUAAGUCACUUUUUCUUUCUAGCAGAAACAUUUUCAAAUAACUUUGUUGCAGUAUGCUUGUGUAUAAGGGUUUUGAUGUAGGGAAAAAAUAGUCUUAGCUAGUCAAGAUGCUGUUUCUCUGAUUUACCUGCUGAAAACAUCAGCUUAAACCAGGCUGGUUCUCUGAUCACCUGGACCAGUUGGACUGGGAGACCAGGUAAGACCAGCAAACCACCUUAGCAGUUUUUUUUUUUUACUGCAGUAGUGUAAUUCUAAAGGCACUGUUAAAAACACUGCCUUUUAACGCAUUGUUCCCACAAUCCAUCAAUGAUCUGAAGUUUCAGAGGCAACUGACUGUGAGCCUAGGAGAGACUCAGAGCUCUCUGACUGGAGGACCAACUGAGAAAACACUUUAAAUGUCUUAAUUAGCGGCAUGGCUAACAGAAGAACACCCCUGCAGUGCCAAGAGGGUGCUGGCAGGGACCGACCCAUACAAUAACCCGGCUAAAAAUAACAUUGCAAGAAGAAUGGAUGGAGUGGGGUGGUUAGUUUGUGACUCACUGCAUGCUGCCUACGUUUGCCUCAGAGCUUGGGUGACAUUUCAGAUCACAGCUCGUCUGCACUAGCGCUGCCACCCACAACACCAUAUAUCAGACUACUGCAAAUAAGCCUCUUACUACAUCGAACAAGAGCAUGUUUAUAGUGCAACAUCUGGCCUUUCAGUUUCUAUAAAAUCUAUCACGAUAGAGCUGACGUUAUAGUUCACAACACGUUUAGCACAUUUAAUUCAUAGCCUUGUUAACGCAUUUCAUGCGAUCAGGACAAAAUGUAAACAGGAAGGUGGUGAAAUCUGUGUCAGUGUCUCCUUGUGUUCUUUUAUUGGUGCACAUAAUGCUAAUGCGAUCAUGCAAACAUUUAUUUAUUACUACAUGCAAACCCUUGAGACUCACAUUUUAGGCAAUUGCUUUCAGAGAGUGUUUGAUGUCUGAACGACAGCAAGAGAAGGGUCAUAGUGGAAGGAAUGUAGGACACAUGCUUUAUUAGCUGCAGCGGAGUUACAAUCAUCUAUCAUGCUAACAGAGGGAUGUUUUUAGAGAUUAAAUGCUUUUAGAAAAGGGCAAUUUUAUCCUUUUUUUGUACAGUAUGUUGAAGAGUUGGUAAUAAGGAGAGCUAUAUUCACAAAAGUGGGCUUGCAUAUAUGUUAAAUAAAAAGUAAACAAACAUCAGUUCAUAUUUCUAACAUAAUACUUGGAUUAUAGUCACUACUCGAGACUUGCUGCAUGAUGAUUUAAUUUUUGGACUGUUGCAAAGUUUUAUGCUUUGAAUGUUUUGAUCAGACUUGAUAGACUAGUUUAAGAUGUUAUUUUUUUGAUGGCUUAACCUGGGGAAUUACAGUUUCUUUCUAUGAACUUCCCUUUGCAAAGACAUUCCAGCCGAUUCCCUAAACUCUUAUAUUAAAUAAUUUCUGACCUUUUUAUUUUAGAAUUCAUCAUAAUUUGGAAAGAUUAUGAUACAGUGGAGUCAUCUUUGAUUAUGUAACCUUCACUGUGUCAUUCAUACAAGCAUCAGUUAUUGGAUAUAAGAUGACAGCAUUAGAAUUUCUGGCAAAUUCAUAAGUAUAUAUAUAUAUAUUUUUUUUGUAAGGUCUUCACGUUUUUUUCUCAAACAGACUAAAGACUUGAUUAAAGAAUGACAAUUUAGAUGAGAUUCUAAAAUGUUUUUUUUUUUUUAAAGAAUUUCCUGUUUCAGAUCAAACAUCCAUCUUUGCUUAAUGUAAAUCUUGUGAUGAAAGCCAUAGUACCUCAUAUGGCUUUGAAUACCAAAUAGACUAUGAUAGGAAUUACAUUAGGAGUAUAUGGACACACUUAAAUUCUGUUCUAUCAUGAUUCAUGCCAUCUGACCACUUAGCUUUAUUAUUUGUGAAUCAAGGAAAAUGAGCAGGUCUGGAGUGGAUAUGCCAUAGCCCAAACACUGCAGUAGAAGCAUAGGCGAUGUUGUCCCACUCUCGCUGUGCUAAAUCCAAUCGAAGCUGCGAAAGCCACAGCAGGAACUGACAUUUCUAACCUUGUUUUAAAAGCCAACCUCAGUUAUAUUAAAGUCUGCAGGCAACAGGAUUCUCCUCCAAACAUUAUGGCUCACCAUGUAUUGUUUUGUCCAUCUUUUUUUACCUCUCAAACAUCCUGGCCCUCCAGGUAGUGGAUGUGCACUUGAAAAGUAGAGGUCUUAUUGUCAUGGUGCCUGAGUUCUAGCAGAAAGACGGGACAGGGAUCUGGAAUGCAGGGAGAGGAGAUCCUAAUCAUGUAUGUGAUUGGACUCUGUGAUUCCAGUAACCCAUAAUGGCGGAAGAGAAAUAUAUUACCAGGAGGCUGCAUUGCAGCGGUCUCAAAUCUACGUCAACAAUCUUAGUUUUCCACAUUUUUCUUUUAAAUGGACACUUUGUUCAUUGAAGCCUUUUGGUUUUGAUAUCAUAUAAGUAUUAUAUACCAUAAACAAGGAUAAGAGUUUCAUAAAACCAUGUUAAAAGAAACUCGUAUUACACAUUAGCAAUAUCUGUGUGUGUCAAUAUAUUCUUUGUAUCCAUCUUUCAACCUAAUAUAUUUCUCUUCCUGUGAAUUGUGUGUGGGAAAAAUCUGUUGCAAUAUUAAACUGUGGGAGACAUUCAAGUUACACAUCUGUACACAUCUGUUUAUAAAGUUUAUGUGGUCUUUUUCAUUUGGGCUAAUGUGAGAACAGCAGUCGGGCGAUAUGGAGUUCAAAUGUCUGAAUAUAUUUAUGUGUGAUGAGUGCAGAUAUUUUGUGUUUUCAUUGCCAUUGAGCUGUGUACGGUUUGAAAAAUAAUAACUUUGUGACACCCUCUGGCAUCCACAGUAAUGUAUUUUCCAUCUGAGAAGUCCUAGCUGAAGUGCUGACUUUAGGAUUUCUCUUGAGUAUUUCUGUCAUCGUGUCCAAACCCUCGUUAGAAUGAUGAAGGAACGAGGUGUGACAAAAAUCUCACGGUUCCUCUAUCUGUAACUCAUCGUUAAUCCGCCUGUGUUCCGUUUACUGAUUCAUCUAUAAACUAAAAACAGCUGUAACUAACUAUGUAUCCUAUGAUGAUUUAUGUAGACUUAUUCUAUAAAUAAAAA